AAUAAAAUAAAGAAAUUAACAGAAAGUUAAAGAGAACAAAUCUAUAGCUUUGAUUGUAUCUGUGAGAGUUGCGAGUACAAUUUCCCCCCGAUUUUUGAAGUUCAGUAUUUAUCAUUGGAGUCUAUGGAAGUGUAUUUACUGGUCUGAACCCAUUUGCUGGGUACAGAAAAAUCCCGUGUAUAGACGAAUUUCAAAUUAAAAUUCAAACCGAGGCACUCGGUGCUAAGUAAUUUAUGAAACAAGGACCUUUCCUUUUUUUGAAUCGGGGGCCCUCGGCUUCAGCGCCAAUAUUUGAAAUUAGUCUAUUAUGUUCCAUCGCUGCCUUGUCUUUAUUUAUAUUUGGGAGAUCGAUCGUGUUUCGUUCAAUAAUUGUACACUUUACAUAAAGUUCUUUGGCCCUGUUUCGUUUCGUUUCAGAACAUGAUUUAAUUAUUUUGGUUCACACAACUGCCGUUCAUUAAUUCAGAACUAGAAAGAACCCCCAAAACAGCAACACAUCACAACAACUUUCAUUUGUUCGCAUUUCAUCGGAUUAAUCGUAACAUAUUUCAACUACAUUGCUAUUCAGCCAAUAGAUUUUUUUCCCGGUCCAUACUCCGUUAAUCUUUCCCUACCUCCAUGCUUACAUUGACUGGUUUUCGGGUUGCACCCAGUUGACCCAAGUAAGGGUCAGCUGAGAGCAGUGACGUAUCCCAGCGUGGGUGGGGGUGGGGGCCUUGCCUGUUUGUUUAAGACGCUCUUUAAGACGGUUCAGAUGUCGUACAGUAUAUUCGUAAUUUUGCCCCCCCCCCAUCCCCCCUCCAGCACAAACAUAAAUUGGAUACGCCGCUGACUUGGAGCCAAGUUUGACUAUAUGACUACAGUUUCUAACAGUGUAUAGUUUUGUGAACGCUUAAUGAAAACAGAACCCUUUGAUCGGGCUCACUGAUUGCGAUUUCUUUUCAAUUUGAAGUGGACGGAUAUCCCCAGCCUUUCACAUCAGCCCUACGGAAGAAUUCUUCAGGAAUUUAUAAAAGCCACAUCUUCUCUUGCAAAAAGAAUCGGCAUCAAAUGCGCUCACUUCCUUCCGUUCAUUUGCUCUAUCUGCUCAUCUUGAAGGAAAACAAACGGUCGACAGAGCUGAAGGCCACUGCGCAUGCGUCUUUUUCACUAACCCACGUGACUCCCAAGCACCAAUGGCGUAUCAGCAAUAGUUGUAUAUGUUAGGUAUGCACUCGUUGUGUGUGGCAGUCUUAUAACUGGUUGUGCUUCGCACACACGCACACAAGAGAGGACUUUAAAGAUGGUGACUGGACAGCUCCUCCGGUUCACGCUCACCACGACUCUCACCCUCCUGUCUCUCACCAUGGGGACCUCCAGCCUCACCAACGUGACCCUGGGCGGCCUGUUCAGCUUCGGGGGUGCAGGGACGGACUGGGACGGCGGUGCUAUUCUGCAGUCCACGCUGAUGGCUCUGCAACACGUGAACGAGGAUCCUACGGUGUUACCGGAAUACCACCUGAAGCUGGACGUUAAAAAUUCUAAGUGCCGUCCGGGUGAAGGCAUGAAGGGGUUCGUGGACCUCAUCAACGAGGAACCAACGAAGCUGAUGAUCCUGGGAGCAAGCUGCUCCGUGGUCUCACAACCCGUGGCGGAGACGGGCCAACACUGGAACCUAGUGCAGAUGUCGGCCAGCUCUACAUCGGACGUCCUGUCCUUCAAGGAGCGGUUCCCCUACUUCUUCCGGACGAAUCCGGCUCAGUCCGGUUUGAGCACGCCCCGGAUUGCCAUCAUGAAGGAGUACGGAUGGACAAGGGUGGCCAUCAUACACGAAAGCAACGAGGUCUACACCAGCGCAAUGAACAAAUUGUCGGAGGAGUUGCCGCUGCACAACCUUACCCUCGUGGCUAAAGAGUCUUUUGCGGCUGGAGAAACACCUACGGUCCAACUCAAGAACCUCAAGGAUAAGGAUGCUCGAAUCAUUGUUUCAAGUGCGUACACGGAAGGAUAUAAGCGGAUGCUUUGUGAGGCGUACCACCUGGGAAUGUACGGCCCCAGGUACGUGUGGAUGAUUGACAGCUGGAACAGCCUUGAUUGGUGGAGAAAUGUCACGUGGCUGGGUUGCUCCGAGCAACAGAUGUACGAGGUGGUCAAGAAUCACGUGGGCACCGUAUUCCUGGACUUGCGCACGGACAACGAGCGAGCAGUCUCCGGACUGACUGCCAGUCAGUACCAGCAAGCCUACGCCUCCUACACGGGCGGCGUCCCGUUUCCCGGCGUGGACUUGGCCCCGUUCGGUUAUGACUCGGUCUGGGCCGUGGCGCUGGCCUUGCACCGCGUGGCGGAGAGCUUGGCCGCCGAGAACUCCUCCAUUGGGAUCGAGAACUUCGACUACGACAACACUUACCAUCUUAGGGAGAGACUGGUGGAGGCGCUGUCCGACCUGCAGUUCGAAGGAAUCACGGGCUCUGUCUCAUUUGAUGAAUCCGGAAAUCGCCUGGCGCCUUUCAAAAUCGAACAGCUGUUAGAUGGCGUUGAGGUAACCGUCGGACUGUACUUGCAAGAGCAGGGGUUACAGUGGAGCAAACAAGAGAGACUAAAAUUUACGGGGGGUGCCACGCCUAUAGACGGUCCGGUUCGUGAGAAUGUCUACAUUGGUAUCGAUGCCGUAACGUUUGUUGUCUUCACGGUACUUGCUGUGGUAGGCAUGGGAGGAACAGUGCUGUUUCUGGUCAUCAACAUCAGUUACAGAAACAAAAGAGUGAUCAAAAUGUCGUGUCCUAACGUGAACAACGUGAUAGCGGUGGGCUGCUUCAUGUGUUACGUGGACGUGAUCGUGGCCGGGCUGAACCAAAACUAUAUGUCUGAAACGGUCGGCAAUUCCGUCUGCUUGGCACAGAUUUGGAUUCUGCCCAUAUCUUUCUCCCUGGCGUUUGGCGGACUCUUUGCCAAGACCUGGCGAGUCCACGUCAUCUUCAGCAACAAGACCAAGAGAACCAAGAUUGUGGACUAUCAUCUCUUUGCGAUCAUUGGCGUGGUUGUUGCUGUUGACGUCAUCAUCAUCUCCGUAUGGACAGCCAUCGAUCCCAGCCGACUGAUCCAUACCACCCUCUCCGACCAGCUUGAUAAGAGCGCCGACAAGAUCAUAGUCCGCAUGGUGGACAAGUGCGACUCACCCGACUCGCCCCGAUUUCUUUGGAUCGGUAUCAUCCUCUGCUGGAAGGGAAUCCUGCUUAUGUACGGGGCCGUUCUGGCGUGGGAAACGAGGAAAGUAACCAUGCCUCAACUGAAUGACUCCAAGUACAUCGCGGUGGCCAUCUACAACGUGGCUGUUCCAAGCAUCAUCGUCGCCCCUCUGGUCACCUUCAUCAGCAGUGACAUGCCCGGGACCUCUUACAUCCUGACGGCGUCUUGCAUCAUCUUCGGUACAACUGUCACCAACUGCUUGAUCUUUAUUCCUAAGGUUAUUGCAUUGAGACAGCAGAAGAACGAUGGCACCUCCGAGGACCAACGCCAUUAUUCGGUGCAUAAUCAAGUGGCACCUGCUGCAGCGGGAUCUACGGGCACUGGAAGCGGGGAUAAUUCCUUUAGCAAGGAGAAGGAAAGAGAGAUGAUGGAACUCAAGAAUAGGCUGAAAAAGAAAGAAGAAGAAGUUGAGAGGUUGAAGGAACUUCUAAAACAGAGUCGCCAUCAACAGCAAGGCCCAGAUGGAUGAGAGAGUCUGCGCAGUAGCAAUCUCGAACAGUCUGAGGUUUAUUCCCACCACGUGCAGCACUCUUAAGGGCGCCCUUGCACUUCACGAAGAGCACCUGUUGACACACUAGCUCCGUUCCAGACGCAUUGAGGGAUUAUGCUUAAUUGACAGUUGAAUAGAGACGAAUAAAUACACUCCACAUUGUGCGGAGACAGUCAGUUUGCUCGGAAGAGGCCUAGGUUUAAAACCACCCAUUGAAACACUCUAGAGGGUGCACUUGUACCACUUCCAGCAGCACCUCGCUGACACGCCCCCUCCCCUGAAGUUUUGAAGGUUGAAGUUUACUAACUGUAUAUUAGUACCAUCGUGUGUAUAACAUAGAGGGCGCCCUUGUGCUUUUACAAUGAACAGAACACUUAGAUGACAGAGCAGCACCCACGUAGAAUUUAAAGGCUAAAGGUUAAUUGACGCUGUAAGAAAGCCGUUUAAUUUAAUGGAACAGUGCCAAGCUGAUAACUUUCUCGUGAACAUACUCUUGAGGGCGUUCUUUUAAUUAAUGUUUAACACAGCAGCUUGCUGACACUUACGGCAGCACCCCCAUGUUGAUGUUUUUUGUCUCAUCUAAGGAGAAUAGGCAAAGUAAAUAAAUGUAACAUUAAAGUAUAUGUACUUUUUUAACACCUUUACAUGAAACAAUAUUUAGUUAAAUACGAAUAUUCACCCAAAUGUAUGAUUGUGAAUACUCCCGAUGAAAGCAAAUUUAUAUUUUGAAAUUCACUGUCUGAUUGUGUUUAUCAACGGGUAUUUCCCUGCUAACGUGUUAUCAACAAGAGUUUGAAAUAAAUCACAUGAGAUCACUGGUUUUAAACCACAUUAGCGUUUGGUUUUAUACGUCAUAUAAUAAAGUAUACCUACACAUGAGAGUUG